AUGAAUCGGUUACAAGCAACUACUGUGCUGCUAGUGGCGUCGGUGGCGGCAGUGGCGGCGGAUGUGACGACGUCCGCUGGACAACAACUUGGUCAGAUGCAACCGCCGCUGUCAGAUUGGUUCCRUGGUUGUGGUGCGGCCGAGUGGCCACAGUGUGUGGCCCAAAAUGUAGCCAGAACAUUCAGGCUGUUGGAACGAUCGGACCGAUUGCAGAUAGCCGACGGCAUACGGCUGGUCAAGACCACCGCAACGACCGACAGAUCGGCCAACUACCAGAAUCAUACUUUCGACAUAAUCAACAGAAUGGUUUCAUUCAUCGAUAGUCAUUCGUUGCAAAUUGAUUUAUGGACACCGGUUAAUAACGCCACCACUGAAGGGCGCAGACGUCACGCUUAUCGGAGGGUGUUUCCGAUCAUUGUGAGCACGUACAUGAUCAUGUCGGCAAUCCUGAUCCCGAUGGGCUUCAUGUUCAUGUCCACGCUGGGUGGCAAAGCGCUGCUGGUCAGCAAAAUGGCGCUAAUGGUGUCACUGAUGAGCAACAUCAAAAAGAUAUUCUCAUACGAGUACUACGUGCCACCUGCACCGGCGGCCGGUCACCACCACUGGAAGCGGACGCUACUGGCGCACCGCACCACCGCCGGUCCGCUGUACUCGUCGUACACCGCGCACUGAAAUCGCAAUAAUACCACAGCACGCGUGAUCAGACUUCGCGCCGCCGGCCCUUGGCAAAGUAUAAUAUGAUGAGUCCAUUCGAAACUCAAUCCCCGUGAAUUUAUGAUAAUCUAUAUUAUUAUACAUUAUUAUAAUACAAUAUUAUGUCACAUGAGACGAGUUUGAAUGAUGAUUAACAAUUAUAUAUAUAUAUAUACCAUAUUUGUUAUUUUAUAUUUAUAUUAGCCAUAGAUAGGUCGUAGGUACGUAAAAUAUUGUACCCGUUAUUUAUUUAAUUUAUUGUCAAUAUAAUAAUACUAUGUAGUAACCGGUCAAUCUUACAUUGGACAUGUUGACGUUUGAUUGAACUUCACCCCAAAUUCCUGUUUUUGUUUAUUUUGUUAAAUGCCUAUCUGUAAGAUUUAUGUAGUCUAUUUAGCUAGUGGUCACUUACUUAUUGCCUUAAACUGUGACAAAAUUAAUCUUUUUUA